UGAGCCUUGUUCCAGACGUGUUUUUUUAUCAAUAGUAUUUCACAACAGGAGGAACAUGUUCAUGAAACGUACGCCCAUGGAGCCAACGAAGCUUGUUACUGUGGCAACACUGUGGUCUGAAAACAGCACAACAUCCCUGCCAGUGGGUCCAGUCUGGGAGAUCGUCCACUCUGUCAUUCCCCCAUACAUCUUCAUCUUAAGCCUGUUAGGCCUUCUCCUUAACAGCUUUGUUCUGGCGGUGUUUGUAGCCCACAAGGAUCGUCUGACUAUAGCAGAGAUCUUCCUGAGCAACCUGGCACUGGCUGACCUUAUUCUCCUGUGCGGCCUCCCUUUCUGGGCAAUGUACAUCCUCAACGACUUCAACUGGCCAUACGGAGAUGUCUUAUGCAAACUCGUCAACUCUCUCAUCAUCAUCAAUUUCUACACCAGCAUCUACACCCUAGUCAUGAUUAGCAUCGACCGCUACCUAGCACUUGUGAAGACCAUGAAGGCCAGGGGGCUGAGGCGGACACUUUAUGCCAAGGUGACCUGCUUCUCCCUGUGGAUAUUAGGGCUCCUACUGAGCAUGCCAACUAUGGUUCACAGAAAGGUGAAGUUCUUGGAGGAGUAUGGUACAACAUCCUGUAUAUUGGAUUACACUCAUGAUAGCUCUUGGAAGAUGGCCCAUCAGAUUCUGUUGAACUUGGUGGGCUUUGUACUCCCUGUUCUGGUAAUUGUUUUCAGCAGUGGGAACAUAAUCAAAGCUUUAGCUGAGAGGAAGGAGAGUGUAGCUUUUAAUGACACUCAUGAUACAAAGGCCACUGCACUUGUGUACGCUGUCACACUACUAUUUUUACUGUGCUGGGGUCCUUUCCAGAUAUUCACCUUCCUCGACACACUCUGUGACCUGCAAGCUUUGGAUGAGACGCUGUGGUCUCAUACUCUCAAUAUUGGACAUGACAUUUCAGUGUAUCUGGCCUUCGUCAACAGUACCCUCAACCCACUACUGUAUGUCCUCUCAGGGCAACACUUUAGGAGGAAAGUUAUCGCCAUCUACAGGAAGACUAGGUAUCAUCGCAGAGGAUCAGACAUGACCACAUAUCAACGCUCUGUUGCAUCCACUUACAUCAACAGAACAGAGCAAAUUAAGACUCUGGUAAUUCUUAAUGCAAAUGAUCAGAUGUAACUUUUACUCUCUGAGAUGCUGUCCUCCACUUCCAUUGCUGAUAAUGGGUAAAGUGGAUUUACAGGAUAUGACUCAAAAUGUUAUUCCAUGAGACUUAAUAUGAUAAAAAUGCUCUUAUAUAGUUAAAAAGCUCUAUCAGAUUAUGUUUAAUGUUGUGCUUUAUGAAAGUUAAGGAUGUAAACAGAGAAAAUGGAUGUAAUCUGUAGGAGAAAUGGAAUCGGAUUACAGUUUACAGUCUCUGUAGUGGCACUUAUGUCUUACUUUGUGGACACAGUAUGUAUCUGAAUCUGUCUCUGUUAACUGUCACAUGGCCUUAUUAUUAAUGACUUGUGUUUAAAUGUUAAACACACAAAAGAAAACCUGGUCUCUCUGAUCUUGUAUCUAGAAUUUGUCUUCUAAUGUCUUUCCUUGUGUGUUCUUUGAACAGUCUAAUAUGAAAGAAUUGCCAGCCACAAACUUUGUGUUUAUUCACAAUGUUCAGUAUAUUUUUGCAUGUUGACAAAACAUUUAUUCAAGUAGUGACAUACUGUACAUACAGAAAUUAUGGCAGUCUUUCUUUACAAGAUCAGAUUUUAUUACUUUUUUAUCGUGACUCAUUUUUGUGUAUUACUGGAAUAAUUUGGGAUCAUCUCAACUGAACAAGUGAUGUACGAUUAUAAACAUUAAUCCUGAAUGCAGAGGCAUGAUGUAAGGCGUACAGUAACCUGCCUCAAACUCAUACUUUACCAAAAGACCUCUUUUGUAAAGUCCAAGUAGGUGUAAAUGGGUCCAACUUGAUGAAUUUAGAUUAUUGCAGUUUUGAGUUACUGUAGUUUUUGAUACUUCUGACUGCAAGUAUUAUAUAGUGCAAUUCUAGCGGGUUCUCUAUAACCAUGACGACUUUGUAAAGUUACAGUUAAACUAGUUACAGAGAACCUGUCCCACAUGAUUUGCAUUGCUCUUUCAUGGGUUGUCAGAAGUUUACCUCAGACAGAUUUGCUUGUUAGUUGGUUCAUCCUCUUUCUCAAAACAUUUAAAAAAAUAUUUUGUAAAAAUGUAAAAGUGAAAAUGCUGCUAAUAAAUCAUA